UUACUCUAAUGGCAAGCUUCGAUUCUUGAACUUGUCCCUCGCGUCCACCUCCAUCGAGAACACUCGGUUACCUCUGGAAACAGCCAAUCAAAAGUAUGGCCGGUGUAUCCGACAAAGCGCGCUUUUAUCUCGAGCGCGCUGCUCCCGAACUGCGAGAGUUCGAAGAGAAAGGGAUCUUCUCCAAGGAUGAAAUCCGCACCCUGGUAACCAAGCGCUCCGACUUCGAGCACCUGAUUCUCUCGCCGGGCACCAAGCCCUCCGACUUCCUGUCGUACGUGAGCUGGGAGCGGUCGCUGGACCGGCUGCGCGCCAAGCGCUGCCGCAAGCUCAACCUGUCGCGCUCGAGUUCGUCCCACGCCAGCCAGGCCCGCACCUUCGGCAUCUUCGAGCGCGCCGUGCUCAAGCACCCGGGCUGCGUGCCGCUGUGGCUGGCCUACCUCGACUUCGCCGCCCAGGCGAAGGCCACCAAGCGCUGGCGGCGCAUCGCCACGCGCGCGCUGCGGCUGCACCCGACGAACGCGCAGCUGUGGACAAUCGCGGGCCGGCGCGCCGCGCAGGGCGGGGAUAUGGAGCGCGCGAGGGCGCACUUCCUGCGGGGGUGCCGGUUUUGCACUGGCGACGCCGCGCUUUGGGUGGAGUAUGCGCGGUGCGAGAUGGAGUGGUUGGCCAAGGUGGAGGCGAAGAAGGCUGGCAAGGGCGUCCGGAAAGGGGUGAAUGCCCUGGAAGCCAUCAAGGCCACCGAGGCGGUCCAGGAAGGGGAUAUCAUUCGGUUCGAUGAGGAGGAUGAGGAGAGCGGCGACGAGGGGGAGCUGAUGCUGCCUGAUCCGGAUGCGCAGGGGCAGGGGACAAAGAAGAAGCCCGACGUGUUUGACGAAGAGACGACACGGAAGAUGGAGCAAAGCCCGGCGUUGAGUGGCGCUAUACCGAUGGCGAUUUUCGACAUCGCGAGGAAGCAGCCGUUCUUCGGGCCUGCGGCGGCCGAGCAGUUCUUCGACGUGUUCGCCGGCUUCAGCAACCUAUCCUCACAAGAGAGGAUCGUGCAGCAUGUUCUGGCCGCGAUGGAAGAACUGUUCCCCAACCACCCGUGCACUUGCAGCUGCCAGAUUCGGCAGCCGCUCAUUGGGGUUAGCAUUGUUACUGCUGCGUUCCCCAAGGCGUUGCGGGAGUCACUGGCCAGGCUGAAAGUCGCGUUGGAGGGGACAACGGACAGGAAGGCCCUCGCGCGCAAGACAGUCGUUUGGGUUGACGCCAUCUUGGCCACGGAAGGCCUGGAUGAAGCUAUCAAGACGGUACUGGAACAUACGAAGCGGUCAUUGGAGUCUCCUAGUUGAUGCCCCUGGGACAUACAUUACGGUUGAUACGGCUAAUCUUACAAUGCUGGCCACCACUUCCUCUCCCAGCUAUAGUCAUUGCUGGGCUGCUUUCUGCUCGGCUACACCCAUUAGGUACUCCCACUCUGCCGCGCUUACCUUGCUGACGCUCAGCCGCGACUGCUUGAGCAUCUGCAUGUUCUCGAGCGGUUUGCCGGGUCCUCCCAUCUCCCGCAGCUCCUUCAGCCCGAUCGGGACUGCAA